AUGUCAGGAGGGAUGAAAGUAACACUUGUUUCUUUUGUCCCGCUGCUGAUGUGGUGUUCUGAUGAUAAAGAGCCUGGUGAUGGACAGAUAUAUCCAUUAAAUAUGGCACCGGAUUCAGUUGAUGACAUGUAUGAUCGUUGCACAGACAAGAUGGAAGUGCGGGUGCUAACAACAUAUUUAAACAAAGAAAUCUGUCCUAACAUCUCUUUCUUUGGGGACACUUGGUUGUCUAGUACAGGACGAAUGCCUGGACAAGAUCAACUGAAAAUCCACAAUUUAAUUGCAAUUCAUAUGUACAGUCGUUCUGAGAUAUAUGAACCGUUCAAUCAGGAUGUUAGGACUGGUAAACAAAACUACCAAAACAACACAUACACGUGGUAUUCCAUUCACUUCUUUUUGACACAAGCAAUACAGACACUAAAGAAAACACAAACAGAAUGCAUGGUAACUUAUCGUGGUACCAAUGUUAAGUUUAAUGAGUCUGUUCUAUACAAAGAGAUCCGGUUUGGUUCAUUUGCAUCUUCCUCUCUUGAUCGUGAAGUAGCAAGGGAAUUUGGAAUUGAAUCUUGUUUUGAAAUCGAGACUUGUCAUGGUGCCAAUGUGUCAAAAUAUUCCCAGAAAUCUGAAGAAGAUGAGGUCCUGAUUCCCCCAUAUGAGACAUUUAAUGUCACUGAUAUAAGAAAGGAUGACUGGUGUAAGACUGUGUUUAAACUGAAUAGCACUGGUAUAAGAAGUGACUUAAAUUGUGCUGUGGCAUCAGCCAAGCCCCAGAUAGAUCACAAUGCUAAUCUCUCUGGCUGAUUGGCUUUUAUAUUAUCAUAUAAUCUUUUUUAUAAUAAGUGUCGCUGUCAUUGUACUAACAUUUCAUAAAUCAUUCCUAAUGUUUUUGUUUUGUAAGAUUGCACUGAGCAUUAACUUCAAUUAAUGUUUAAAACUGUCUCCUUUUUACUCUGAUUCACAGUGUUACGCUUAUAAUAAUGAUUUAUAAUUUGAGCUGUCAGGUCUGAUUUUGCAAGCAACUUUAUGUGUUAAAUAAGAUAGAGAAACAAAAGUUAAGGAUUGCAGCUUUAAGGACCUGAAUAAGAAUUGUUCAGAGGUUUUUAUUAGAAUAUGCAGUAUUACAUGCAACUUAAUUUUAUGUUUUUGUGCAUAUUUGUUGUCAUAUUUGAUGCACUUUGCCAUCAUGCUUUGAAAACCAUGUUUUAAAUAUCAGUUAAGCAAAAAAUCCAAAAGCAUUUGUCAAUUAUAGCAUUAAUAAACUGCACUUACUGUA